AUCGAUAUGGAACCGUUGCAGGGUGACGGACUGCGAGAACGGAGAGGACGAGAAGGGUUGCUUCGGCUGCGGAGACAAGAUGGCCUGUUCUUCCGGAAGAGGCUGCUACUCCGGGGUGCAGCGGUGCAACUGGGUGGCCGAGUGCGGCGACGACUCCGACGAGAUCAACUGCGGACCCGAGCGCUGCAAGUCGGACGGGGGAGGCUUCCUGUGCGCCAACGGACGCUGCAUCCGAGAGAUUUGGAAGUGCGACCGGACGGACGACUGCGGCGACGGCUCCGACGAACGAAACUGUCUGAAGAACAGCGUGGUGUCGGCGGCGGUGAUGGGCUCUCUGGUGUGCGGCCUGUUGCUGGUGGUGGCCGUGGGCUGCACCUGUCGCCUCUACUCCCUCAGACUGGUGGAACGUCGCGCCCUGGACCGGGAGACCCACAUGUCGCGCUUCCUGCCGGAGGCGGUCCAUCCCGAACCGCCCCCUUCCUACGCCUCUUCGGUGGGCUGGUACGGUCCCCGCCCUCCCGGCCGCCGGGUUCCGCCUCCGCCUCCUUCGGGAAGAAGGGCCGGGUCGGGGCGGCGCCGGCCCCGUCCCGCCUCUCCGCCCGGCCACCCGGGCAGGGAAGAGGAAGGGGCUUCGGUUCCGGCCGGCCACCCCGCCCGCCGGGAGGAGGCCAAGGGUUGUCCCCGCCGCCCGGCCCGGACGGAGGAGGAGGAGGAAGAGGGCGAAACGGCCGACUGGGACUACGGGUCGGAAGACGGACGGCCUCUGAUGGCCGAGAGGUUCUGAGGUUAUUUAUAGAAGAGAAGCCAUUUUAUAUUUGUAUAUAUUUUAAUAAA